AUGCCUGUUGCCGAGCCCGUGGGAAUCUCCAAUUUGCCCGACCAGAGGUACAAGAUCGUGCUGAACCAGGGCGCCACUUUCACGCUCAUGGUGGCUGGUGAAAGCGGUUUGGGAAAGACCACUUUCGUCAACACCCUUUUCCAGACAGCCUUGAAAGACCACGACGACCCUAACGAAAGACACAACAAAUUUACCAGCGCUCACCAGACAGUGGACAUUUCUAUUGUGCGUGCCAUUUUGGAGGAGAAAAACUUCAAGAUCCGCUUGAACAUCAUCGAUACCCCAGGCUUUGGUAACAACGUCAACAACUUGGACCUGUGGACUCCAAUUAUUGACUUCAUUGAUGACCAGCACGAGGCGUACGUCAAGCAGGAGAAGCAGCCUCACCGUCAUGAAAAGAAGGACUUGCGUGUUCACGCCUGUUUGUACUUCAUCCGCCCCACCGGCCACUCGUUGAAACCCUUGGACAUUGAGAUCAUGAAGCGUUUGUCGACGCGAGUCAACUUGAUCCCUGUGAUCGCUAAGGCCGACACGUUGGCGCCUGCCGAGUUGGAGACCUUCAAGACCAGAAUAAGAGACGUCAUUGAGGCCCAGGAUAUCAACAUAUACACCCCUCCAAUGGAUGUGGACGACCCAGCCAGCGCCGAGCACUCGAAGCAGCUUAUCGAGGCCAUGCCUUUUGCCAUAAUCGGCUCCGAGGAGGAGGUCGAGGUCAGCCCUGGCAACUUCGUCAGAGGAAGAAAGUACCCAUGGGGUGUUGUGGAGGUGGAGAACGACAAGCACUGCGAUUUCAAAAAGUUGCGCUCGUUGUUGUUGAGAACCAACAUGUUGGACUUGGUCUUGUCGACGCAGGAGAUCCACUUUGAGACUUUCCGCUCGUUGAAGUUGAGCAACAUGAACGAGGAGAACAAGGGCGAGAACGGUACCUCGUCGAGACAGAAGCCCCGUCGUUUGCAUAACCCUAAGUUCAAGGAGGAGGAAGACGCUUUGAAGAAGUUCUUUACCGAGCAGGUGAAGGCCGAGGAGCAGAGAUUCAGACAGUGGGAGACGAACAUUGUCACGGAGAGAAACAGGUUGAACCAGGAUUUGGAGGAGAUGCAGGCGAAGUUGAAGGGAUUAGAGGAUCUGGUGAAGAAGUUGCAAUUGCUGAAGAAAUAG